GUGCUCGAUGUUGUCCGAGACUUCGAUUGUGGAUUCUCAGUUGAAUGUAUCGGCUUAAGCGGGAUGAUGCUAAGCUAGCUGUCAGCCAGGCAUCCAUCCACGGGGUUUCGCCGCCGAGUUAAGCUGCCGGAUGCUCCCGGCCGUAUCCUGCUACUGGCCGCCCGUCUUGACAUUCCCUCAGCAUUCCCGGAUCGAAUUCGUGUCGACUGCCCAGAGUCCGCGAAUUCAAGGUCCACUCCUGAUCCAACCCUUCCCCCGCUAGCGUAGCAUAGCUCGCCGGAUAACGAGAGAAGCGGACCGACGAGAGUUUCUCUUAGAAGACCACACCCCAGACAAACAUGUCCCUUCAUCAGUUUCUGUUGGAGCCCAUCACCUGCCACGCGUGGAACCGUGACAGGACACAAAUUGCCAUCAGUCCAAAUAACCAUGAAGUCCAUAUCUACAAGAAGAGUGGUAAUCAGUGGGUUAAGACUCAUGAGCUGAAGGAGCACAAUGGACACAUAACAGGUAUUGACUGGGCUCCCAAAAGUGACCGUAUAGUGACAUGUGGAGCCGACCGUAAUGCCUAUGUGUGGUCCCAGAAGGAGGACGUAUGGAAGCCUACACUUGUCAUCCUCAGGAUCAACCGAGCUGCCACCUUCGUCAAGUGGUCUCCAUUGGAGAACAAGUUUGCAGUUGGCAGUGGGGCUCGACUCAUCUCUGUUUGCUACUUUGAGUCUGAGAAUGACUGGUGGGUUAGCAAACACAUCAAGAAGCCUAUCCGCUCCACCAUCCUCAGUCUGGACUGGCAUCCCAACAACAUCCUGCUGGCUGCUGGAUCCUGUGACUUCAAAUGCCGGGUGUUCUCAGCCUACAUUAAGGAGGUGGAAGAGAAACCAGGCCCCACACCCUGGGGCAGCAAGAUGCCAUUUGGGGCUGUGUUAGCAGAAUUUGGAGGAGCGGGUGGAGGGGGUUGGGUCCACUCUGUCUCUUUCUCAGCCUCUGGUAACCGCUUGGCCUGGGUCAGCCACGACAGCACUGUCACUGUAGUGGACAGCUCUAAGACUUCCAGCCCUUCACAGCUGAAGACGGAGUUCCUUCCUCUUCUCAGUGUCAUUUUUGUUUCGGAGAACAGUCUUGUAGCUGCGGGCCAUGACUGUUGCCCCAUGCUGUUCCGUUGCGAUGAUGGUGGAAUACUGACAUUUGUAUCAAAGCUCGACCUCCCCAAGCAGAGCAUUCAGAGGAACAUCUCUGCUAUGGAGCGCUUCAGGAACAUGGAUAAGAGAGCCACCACCGAGGACCGCAACACUGCCCUGGACACAUUGCACCAGAAUAGCAUCACCCAAGUGUCUAUCUAUGAAGGAGACAAAAGGGAUUGUCGCAAGUUCUGCACCACAGGAAUUGAUGGAGCAAUGACCAUUUGGGACUUUAAGAGUCUAGAGGCUUCUAUCCAAGGUCUCCGCAUCAUGUGAAGGAAACCUGUGAAUGACUGAAGAGACGCUGCAGGCUCACUUCUCCUCCCAGCCCCCUCCCUACCACCCCUCCCUCCUAAACCCCUCUGUUCCUGCAACGCAGCCAGUAACAAGCAUAACUGACCACCUUAUCAAGUGUCUGCUGAAGCACUGAUCAGACCUUAACACAUUCUUCUGGGUGUAUGAAAACACUUUCAAACAUACACUAAAGUAAACAAGCGCACACACACACACACACACACACACACUCACACACAUACACUGAGCUGACGUGUGACAUCACUGUUGAUUUUUUUUUUUGUUUGUUUUUAAAUGAAGGUUAACCAGGUGUCAAAGUGAGAAGGUCCUCUGACACGUAUUAAAACGUGAAGUGAAAUGUGUGUUUUUAUGUUCUCUAACCUCCUGUACCAAAAGUUGAACACUAAAAGGUGCGUUUUAUCAAAAAGUCUGACUGCAUUUCUCUACAGCUUAACCUGAACAUGAUCUCUGAAAAUUAAUAUUUAGUAGAGUGGAGGAUGGGAUGUUUUACUUCUUGAAGUUUAUUCUCAAGCAGGUAAACUCAUGUUUAGAUUUGGACAAGGUUUUUUCUGUUUCGAGGUCAUGUUGCUGGUUAGCUGUAGGGAGCUGUACUGGAUCUGAUGGUGAAGAGAGAAAGCAGCUGCCUGAACUCUGCGGAGUCACGGCUCUCCAGCACGAGGUUCUGAAGCUUCUUCACUUAAACCACAAAAGAUGGAGGAUUUCUAUGUAACUGAUCAUGAGGUAGACAUGAAAUAAAGAUGAAAUACAUUUACAGUACACUAA